GCAAAGAAGAAGCCCGUCGACGAACACGAAUGGUUCUGCCUUGUUUCUUCCUCAUCAUCAGCUUUGUCCAUGCUCGGGAUGCGUUUCUUCUACGGUUCACUGCCGAAGGCAGAUGUCAACACGGCAACAGGGGCGAUCCAGGUUGGGUGCCGCUCAGUCUAUUCGAGGUACCGAGCAUGGCAGAAAUGAACUAUCGAGUAGGAACCCUGCACCAAAACAUCAGAUUGAUCACACUGUCUCAACCUGAUUGGGUAGCCUCGAUUGCCGAAUAUGUCGCUUCACCCUCAGAUACACAUUUUGAGAUUGAAAUUACCGCUUGGCUCGUGCUCGUCGCUCUUGCCAUCACAGACGAUCCAGUCUUCAGAGCCAGGAAAAGUAUUAUCAAGCAAUGCUGCAGGCCGGUAUACGAUUUUCAGAUCGACGUCGGCUGGCCCAGGCGUCUGCCACUUGUUACCACAGCUGAUCACCGCUGAGGCAAUGCGGCAGGUGAUUGGCGCACUCAGCCGGCCUCUUUCGGAUUCAAGCUCGUAUGCAAUUAUGCAGGCGUCGAAGAAUGCGAGCCAUAUUGGCCUGAGCCUUUCGUCAUACCUUGUCAGCUUGACGAUCAUGUAGAGCUGAUCUCUCAGCCCAUGUUGCCAUUUGUGACCCGAAGCUAUCGCCUACGCAUGGGCUUCUUGACCGCCACUUGCUCACCGCCAAAGGCCCCCGGCGUUCGGUCAUUGCCCUCAGCAUUCCUCCAGAAUUACGACGCGCUUACCUUCGCGUGGGAUCUCACCAACUCUCGCGAGGCAGGCCUCGUUCUCACUGAAGUGCGCAAGUAUAUGAACCUAGAGACCCUUGUGACCAAGAGAGCAGUCGGAGGCCUGGCCUAUGCCGUCCG